AUGGCUGAAAUAGAAUUAUUACGGCAAGACUGCAAAAAAAUAAUAAGUCAACAACUCGAUCGUUGGACUGCAAAUCAAUUCAGCGAUACCUCUACCUGUCCUGACACCAGUGCCUCUACAAGCUGCAGUCCGCAAACUGAGAAGCGAAAUUUAGCUAAAGAAAUAAAGAAUUUAAUACUAUCUCUACAGGAAGUCCAUCAAAAAUUGACUGAUAAUCAUAAUCAAGACCAAGGCGAAAGUUCAAUUAAAAAAUCAGCAAGUAAAACGCCAAAACUCGAUCCCUCCAUUGUACAGAUUAUCGCCGACAAAAGUGAGAUCGGUCGCCGUAUAAAUGCUUUUAUUGAAAGAAAGAAGCUUGAUGCUAAUAUUACCAACAAAAGAGAGUUUUAUCCCAUCAGUGAUAAUAGUAAUGUCCUUAUUGAAGAAGGAAAAUCUGCUCGAACUCAUGCAAUGUUUGUUAAAAGGAACCAACAAAGUAGUCAUGUGAAAGUAACAAGAGUUUCCUAUGAUGAUACGGAUACCAUGCGAAAAAGAAAAUCUACAGACCCUCAUGUGGACCAGUGUAGUAAAGAAAAUAAUGCAGAUUCCAGAGCUGAGAAUCCAGCCCACCCUAUAACACGUUCUAAUCUACCAGUUGGGAUAGAAGAGAGACUUAUGAAUAUGGAAAACUACCUUGGCAUUAAACCAGAUUAUCCGGUACCUGGUGAUAUUUACAAACGCUUAAAGCACCUUGAAGAUAGAAUUUUAUUCUUAGAAUCAGUAUCACCUGAAUACUUGGCUGAAGAUAAUUUCUUAACUGUAAAUAAAGUUAAGAAGCAGGAAGAAUCUAAUAUCUCUACUAACUUAUACGACGCGGGUAUAUCAAACCUUUCAGCUGAUUUAGUUAUAGAUCAUACAACUCUUGUUAAUAUCGAAGAAAACAUCUCUUCGUUAAAGAAAUUCUUAACAAAGUCAUGA